UUUUGAUGAAACAUAAGCGAAAAUUGUUCUACAGUGCAACGACGCAAAAUUGCGAAUUCUAGAUUAAACAGAAUUAUCAGUUUCAUUCAACAUUAAGAACCAUCAGUUCUUCACGGAGUGACAAAUUUCAUGAUAUAACAUUCGUGACUUCGUCAUUUGACAAACCAGUGAACGUUCAAAAUAAGUAUCGUGAACCUACACACUGUGUUUCAAGUGAAACGGAAAAUAUGUAAAGAAGAGAAAAUUUUCUCUCUGAUAUACAUACAUAUAUUCGAUCAAAUAUACUGUAUAUCUAAGUGAAUAUUUGUUGAUAUUCUGGGAUCUAUAUUUAACCAUCGCAUGUAAAUGCGAUUCCGGUCUUUAACAUAUAUACAUGGAUGCCGCGAAAUAAUAGUCGAAGUUAAAACGAGCAUGAGACGUUAGUCGCAUAUAAGCCGGGUCAACAUGGAACCCGAGAUUAAACGUGAAUGCAUAGUGCUGCGCUGUUUUCCUUCUUAGAAUUUGAUUUUACAAAUGACACGGAACAAUGACACGCUCGAAGAUCCAGAUGAUAAAAGUUUUCGUAUUUCUGUUGAUCUUCCUAUUAGAACAGAGCGCAGUAUGCACUGGAAGUUUUAGGAUAAACAGAGCCGUACCUGAAACAACAUCGGUAAACAAAAGUGUCGCUGAGACCGCGAAGAAUGAUACAGCACACGUUUCAUUGAAUGCGCAAAAGAAACCGCAACAAAGUGCAAUAUUACAUGGCGACAAAACGACGAUCCUCGAGGGUAAUGAUAAGUCCGUGGACAAUGUAACCUCAAAACAAAUAGACGUUAACAAAACUGCACAAAGCACAGACACGCAAAAGAAGCAUGUGGGUGAAGAACAUGCGACUUCUUUAAACGCUGGAGCUCUAAAGCGUGGUUUUUAUGUGUUUGUGGGGCUAAGUGUUCUUGUCAUGGCCUAUAUCGUGUUCCGUAGCUUUAGGUUCAAUAAAACACGUGCCCAAAUGGUCAGAAAGUAUGGUGUUCUUGCACACAGACAAGACGUUGAGAUGAGACCAUUACCACUGGAUGAGGAAGACGACGAGGAUACAACUGUCUUUGAUGCCAGUAACGUUUUAACGAAUAAUGUUCAACAUCAAAAUUUAUAAAAAUAAUCAGCAGAAUGCUGAGCACUGUUUCCCAUAAAUUUUGAUUCAUGUAAACAGAUUUGUCCUCAAUGUGAUGAUUUGAAUUUAACAAUUCAAAGUGUUAUCGCAAACAUUGGGUUUGGUAUUUUUCAUAUGAACUUGCUUACUUGUGUCCGUGACAUUUUUACAUCAUGUAUGCAUUCCAAAUUUAUGCUUUCUGAUGAUAGGUAUUGUCAAAUGAAAAUGAGAUGUUCUUAUGAGACUUCUCAGACUUCUUAACUUAAAUAAGUGAUAACAAAAGGACUUUGAGUAUCUGUCGUUUAUAAAAGAAUAAAUGAUGGGUAUCUAUAUCUACUACUAUACAUACUAUAUUUUAAUUAAACUGUGUUGUUAUCAUUGAAGAUUAUACAAAUACAGAUUGUCUCUAUUUUAUUUAACGCUACAAGUUUAAUAAAGUAUUAUGUAUAAAAUAA